GCUUUGAACUCACUAGCAUAUUCAUUUUUGACAUAUACUGCUAGCUGUAUUUAAAAAACACCUAUUCUGACCGACCAACUCGCCUAGCUAGUUUUACUUGCCAUUCCACCUUGAUCCUACUCUGUUUACCAUCUAGUCUGGUUUGAAAAUACAAGCAUCGAUUAUCCAGCUACAAGAACAGGAAUUGACACCAGUACUAUCUUUGACUCCUUUUAUUUCAAUUGUCUGCCAUUAAGCCUCCUUGUUGCUCUUCCAUAACAAACUGUCAAUGCAAAAGCUGAUCAAAUCCCAACCACCUCCCAUCCAGCAGCUAGAAGUGACAACAGACGAGCCCAACCAUCGCAAAGAGCAGCCUAUCCAUUACCCACACAACAAUAGCCACCAUUCAAAUCAACAGCACGAGUUUAAUCUAGCCCAGUCAGAGACUCGUCAGCACCAACCAGCAUUGACUCGAUCCAAUUCAGUCCAAGCUACUUUUGAGAAAAUUGGAUCCAACACACCAGUCUACCCGAUAGUAGGUGAGCCCAAUUCAUUCGUAUCAACCGACACCAAACCUGCUCGGAUCCAGUCUCGGUUUAUAACGAGCUUGUCAUUCACCUGGCCAUCUCUUGAAAGUCGCCUUACUUUUCAUUUCGUUGUAGUUUAUUUGAUUGGACCGCUAGUCUUUUUGAUUCCAGUUCUUAUUGUUCCUUUUAUCUACUCGUUUUCAACCCUUGCAUAUCACGCUAUAGACUCGUUUGCCAAAAGCAUGUCAGCUUUCUUUGCAUCUGUGGGUAGCAGUAAAGGUAUGCCACAUGCUGAUGAAUCUACCAAGAAUGCCUAUUACAAAAGACCUUUCAAAUUCUAUUACUUUUCCAUGUAUUAUCCUAUGACGAGAAUGUACCAGCCUUUUUGA